AUGCCCAUUCAUUGUAGUUUUCUCCAUUCAACUGAACAGAGGUUAUUAACGCACCGGGUUAUCGACGCCGACAACGUGUACGGCGACACAGAGACACUACCGGCAAGAGGCAACACGCCUAGGGUUCCACUGGAAUCUGUUAGACCACUAGCGACUUGGUUUCCACCGGAACCACCAGCUGGAGUAUUUUCUUCUUCCCCAGCCAUCGCAAAGAACAGCGAAAGAUCAAACGUAAUUAUGAGGUUUGAAGAUCUUCUUCUCUGA